AUGAGCUUGUCCUUGCUCUUCCUCCUCUUCUGCAGCCACCUGAUCCUCAGCGCUUGGGCUCACGGGGAGAAGCGUCUCACACCCGAAGGGCAACCGGCGGCUCCCAGGAACCCGGGCGACUCCAGCGGCAGCCGGGGCAGAAGUAGCGCGACGUCUUCUGCCUCCUCCCCAGCCGCGGCUUCCCCGGGCAGUCAAGGAAGCGGCCCGGAGCACAGCAGUUUCCAGUGGAGCCCUUCGGGGCGCCGGACCGGCAGCCUGUACUGCAGAGUGGGCAUCGGUUUCCAUCUGCAGAUCUACCCGGAUGGCAAAGUCAACGGCUCCCACGAAGCCAGUGUCUUAAGUAUUUUGGAAAUAUUUGCUGUGUCUCAGGGGAUUGUAGGAAUACGAGGAGUUUUCAGCAACAAAUUUUUAGCGAUGUCAAAAAAAGGAAAACUCCAUGCAAGUGCCAAAUUCACAGACGACUGUAAAUUCAGGGAGAGAUUUCAAGAAAACAGCUAUAAUACCUAUGCGUCAGCAAUCCACAGAACUGAAAAGACAGGGCGGGAGUGGUACGUGGCCCUGAAUAAGAGAGGGAAAGCCAAGAGAGGCUGCAGCCCGCGGGUCAAACCCCAGCACGUAUCCACCCACUUCCUACCCAGGUUCAAGCAGUCGGAGCAACCGGAACUUUCCUUCACCGUCACUGUCCCAGAAAAGAAAAAGCCACCCGUGAAACCAAAGGUCCCCCUGUCACCGCCUCGCAGAAACCCCGCCCCAGUCAAGUACAGACUGAAGUUUCGCUUUGGAUGA